AGGACAAAAGGCGCAAGUCGUCCCCUUUCGCCGCCAUUAGCAAUUUAUCAUUCAGCGAGCAAUUCGCUCGUUUCUACUGUGUGUGUUUUGAUGGAGAUCGUUUGCCCGAUCGAUGCAGAGCUGGGCACUGAAAUCUCUGCUCUUCUCACACCUCCUUCACCCGCCGACGUCGAGGAGUACUUGAACGAGCUCAUUCAAUCCCGCAGCAGGCAAUGCAAUGGCAUCACAGUCAAACAAAACGGAGAGCUCGGGAAAGGUGUGUACGCGGACUCGGACUUGAAAGAAGGAAAGCUUCUUCUCAAGGACCAAAUGCUUGUGGGUCUUCAGCAUUCUUCCAACAAGAUUGAUUGUUUGGUGUGCAGUUUCUGUUUCCGUUUCGUUGGCUCUGUUGAGCUUCAAAUUGGGAGGAGACUCUAUUUGCAAGAAUUGGGAGUUUCUGCCGGCCGAGAUUGCUGUGAAGCUGACUACUCAGCUGAAGAUGAAGACUUGGAUGACUCUGGGCCUAGCAGUUCUAUUUACAAAGAGAAAGUUCCUCUUCCGAAAGGGAUUGUUGAAUCUUUAAUGAAUGGUGGUCUAAAGUUGCCUUACUCUGAUAAGUUCUCACUGCCUCCGGUUGUUCCAUGUCCUGGUGGCUGUAAAGAAGCUUAUUACUGCAGCAAACAAUGUGCAGAGUCUGAUUGGGAUUUAUCUCAUUCCUUACUUUGCACCGGGGAGAGGUCCGAAGCAAUCUCUAGGGAGGCACUUGUAGAAUUUAUACAGCAUGCCAAUGACACAAAUGAUAUAUUCCUCCUUGCUGCGAAGGCAGUGUCUUCCACCAUAUUGAAGUACAGGAAGUUGAAAGUGGCUUACUCUGAAGACCGAGAGAAAACACCAAAUGUUGCAGGCAGCCCUCAUCUAUCUUUACUCUUAAAAGCUUGGAAACCAAUAUCAGUGGGACACAAGAGAAGGUGGUGGGACUGCAUUGCUUUGCCAUUUGACGUUGAACCUUCUGAUGAAGCUGCAUUUAGGAUGCAGAUAAGAGAGUUGGCAUUCACGUCACUUGAACUCCUGAAGGCAGCCAUCUUUGAUGAGGAAUGUAAACCAAUAUUCUCCCUCGAAAUCUAUGGGCAUAUAAUUGCCAUGUUUGAGUUGAAUAAUCUUGAUUUGGUUGUAGCAUCUCCAGUGGAAGAUUAUUUUUUGUACAUUGAUGAUCUUCCAAAUCCUGAAAAGAAAGAAGUUGAGGGUAUUACACGACCAUUUUUGGAUGCUCUUGGUGAUGACUAUUCUGUUUGUUGCCAAGGCACAGCGUUCUAUCCUUUGCAGAGUUGUAUGAAUCAUUCUUGUAGUCCCAAUGCGAAAGCAUUCAAAAGAGAGGAGGACCGAGAUGGCCAAGCAACGAUAAUUGCACUUAAGCCGAUUUCCAAGGGGGAAGAGGUUACCAUUUCUUACGUCGAUGAAGACCUUCCUUACGAAGAGAGACGGGCAUUACUUGCAGAUUAUGGUUUCAAGUGCAGGUGCCCGAAAUGCUUAGGAGAAGAGCCAAAAUUGUGUGACUAAUCCGCCGGUUUUCUUGCUGAUGAAACUGCUUGUUUAUCAACCAUUUAAUUUUCUGGUUUUACGUUGGUGCUUCCCCGUUUUCCCAUUUAUGUUUCAGCAUCGUUCGAUUUGUCUUUUAUACACCAGAGAUGGGGCUGAAUUUGAUCUUGGUUCAACUGGUC